AUGGGAUAUAAGAUAUAUUCUAACUCUGACUUAGUUCAAACAGUAACAUGGGCAAACUAUGAAUGGUUCGCUUUAAGAAACUCAGUACAACCACAAGCUAGAGAACAAACAGACCAGUAUGCAACUAUUGAGAAAAUAAGAAGACUUGACCCUAACGUUCCAGGAGUUUAUGUUAACCUUUCUGGUUCAGAUGGAACUGCUGCCACUAAAGUAAAACUGAAACUUAGAGUUCCUUUGUCAUCUUUCCUCAUCUUCAGGUUUUUAAGAUACUUGCCAAACUGGGCAGGAAAAAUUUCUAUCGAACUUACUCCAAGCAAAAAUAACUUAGUCAUUGCACCAACACAAGACCCAUUCACUCUUACAGACGUAAAGGGAACAAAUAAAACGUCAUUCGCCGAAUUUUGCAAAGACAAAGUUGACUUAGACUUUGGUUUCUCAAACCUCAACACUGAAGUAAACUAUUAUUUCAAUGCUGCUGGAGAUGCUUGGGACCCAGUUAAGUUCACAUGCGAAAAAUUUGAAUGCAAGAGAAUAGAAAGCAGACUUGCAGUCUAUAUGUUGGACCCAGAUAUUUCAAAUGCUUUAGCUGCCAAAUAUAUUGCAGUUCCACUUAUGUUCCCUAUACACCAAAUAUCUGUCAAAGACUUUGCAGGUGAAGUUGGAAACCAAAGUGCUGACCCAGGUGCAAGAACAGAUAUUGCCUUAACAACUGCAAUGAAACAUGCAGAUACUAU